AUGAAGCUCUGUUCUAAAUGCAAAUGCAAUCGCUCCAAUGAUCAAUUCAUUUGGGAUGACAUGCAUCAUAAGACGUGCAGGAAGUGCAAAGAGAGCCGUGAAAGGAAGGAUAAGGAGAAUCAUGACAGAAAAGAUGCAGAGACUAUGGUGUUGGCUAGAGUCACACACCCGGCAAACAUUAUUAAAUCUAAUAUAGAUGCUUCUCUCGAUGUUUCAGAAGACAAUCACGAUGUAAAUGAAUCAUCACAAGACAUAUCUUAUCUAACUGAAGAAUUGCCCAAUAUUGUAAUUGCAGAUGAUGAAUCGAAGGUAGAACAUGUCACAAGAAUCGAGGUUGAUUAUGUUGAUGUGGGAAAUUUCAUUGAAAAUGAGCUCCAAGAGUUAAUAGUUGAUGAAGUAGCCGAUGUAGCUUAUAAUACUCGAUUGCUAGCGGAGAUGACUACUCGUGGAAAUGGACGUAUUGAGAAAAUUUGGGAACACAGUUGGCCGAUUCACUUACAUUUGUUAUCAGUCGAAAGAGACGCAGAGGGAAAAGUACAAGCACUCAAAUUAGGCAAGAUUGUAGUGCGAGUUAACACAGCUCUUAACAUAACAACUGUGGAUAUUUACCACGGAUCCCUUCACCCACGUCCAGACCUAAGCAUUGAAAUGCUCAAUGAACUACGAGAAGAGAUUAAAAAAUACUCAUAUCUUACCGUAGUAGAAUUAAAGAAUCAUCUUCGACGUCACGGAUUCGAUAUUUCAAAAUAUUCACCUAAGCGAAUCUAUUUUUGGAAAUCCAUGGCGGGUCAAAGGUUAUACCAACGUUGUGAUAAUCACGUUGAAUCUGCACGUAAGCUGCUUAAUGAAUAUUAUAAUCAUGAUUUCCGGUGCUGCUUAGAUAUAAAGGAUUCAGAAACCAUUGCCAUCGGCUUUACCACUCCGCUGCUAGAAGAAAUCAAGAAUCAAGGUAUUAAAAUUACCGAGAUAUAUAUUGAUGCAACCUAUAAAACAGCACGAGGAUGCUAUGAACUUUACGAAAUCAGAGAACGUGUAAUGAUCCUUGAUAAUGAAUUGCGUCAAGAAAUUACUGUACUCGGUGACUUUCAGUCAUUAAUGAACGAAUUGUUGAAGCUGAUUUCGGAGAGAAAUAAUUUGCCACUUUGUCUUGUUUUAUGCGUCUUGGAUGACAGGACUGAAGCAUUAGAUACUGAUGGUGCUAUCAACAGAGCUGCUGAACUGAACAGCUAG